AUGAAGCUCCUUGAAACCCCACUUGAUAUUUGGUUAAGCAUCAAGGACUUUAUGACGCCAGCAGAUGUCGAAAACAUCAUAAACACCAGUUCUGUCCUCUGGAAACAGAUCUUCAAAGAUACUAGUUGGCUGGAGUUUGCUUUGACAUUUGAUCGAUGCUCUCCAGUUCUUAUUGGCCAUAGCUUGAGCACCUAUCGCCCCCAAAUAUCGUCAAGCCGUCUCUACCUUGCUCUUAUCGCAGGUGACCAUUCAGGCGAUCUUAAAUACGAAAACGAAAAGUGCUUUGCCGCUCUUCAAGAUGGUUGGAAAUAUGACAAGGAUAGAUAUGAGGUCUACUUCCCGUCUGGCAUUACCCUGAAUAUCUACGAUAUUAUAAAUGGCCAUGAGACGGUAAAGCUACCUUUGGAGAAGGUUUUUACCAACACGAAGAAAGGAGUCUACUCAGAAUACUGGACUAGCGUCAGAGCUGUCACACAUAUCGCAACCAGCUCCUGA